AUGGACGACGAGCAGCUACCCAAACGACUCUUCCACGGAGAUGUCGCGACAGGUUCUCGCCAACGAGGAGGUCAAGUCUGGCGCUACAAAGAUACUCUGAAAACCUCCCUGAAACGCCCUCAGAUCAACCUCGCAAACUGGGAAGACCUUGCCUGGGACCGACCUACGUGGAGAAGAACAGUGAAGACGGGCGCAACAAUCAAUCUUCGAAGCCAACCGCAUGACCGGCGCCAAAGCCAAACGCGAGACACGCAAAUCUCAACUGCUAUUACAACACCAACGCCCAUCCGCCUCAUACGUGUCCACGAUGUCAACGGACAUUCCGGGCGCCAAUUGGACUUGUUGGACAGCUCCGGACCAACUGCAGCACCCGAACUGCACCAACCGUCGUCUCUCCGUCAACCUCUCCCACGCAUUCCACGCCGUGAACUAACGUUGACCGCUCUCUCGAACCACCAUUACCAUCAUAACCUUCCUCCCCUUUCCCCUCUUUCCCCCUCUCCGCAUCUUCUUCUUCCUCCUCCUCCUCCUCCUCCUCCUCCUCCUCCUCCUCCUCCUUCUCACUACUACGAAUACUACUACUGCAACUACUACUACUACUACUACUACUACUACCACCACUACUACUGCUACGACUACUACUGCUACUUUCUUUCCUCCCUUUACCCGUCCUUAUCGCCUCAUUGUCCCUCCCCCUCUCUCCUCUUUCGCCCAUCUUCCCUCUCCUCUUACUAA